GCGCCCGGGCGCCCGCCCUGGCAGGCCCCCGGGGACUCAGACCGGGCCCUGGACCUGUCACUGAAGCCGAGCCCCAGGCGGGAGCCAGUCCCUCCACCCUGUGUCCUUCAGACCCCCCCCCGCAGCCAGAUGCAACACUGCGUGCAGCGACUAGUGAGGGACUCGCGGGACUCGCUGUCGGAACCAGAGGACGGCAGCGGCCCUCGCAGCCCCCACAGCCCCCCGCAGCCCCGCUGUGCUCCUGCGGCCAAGCGCCGGGCAGUGGGCGUGGAGCCGCUGCGGGGGGGCGGGGCGGGCGGCGGGGAGCGGGAGCUGGAUGCGGAGCGGGGGGCCGGCGGGCACCUCUGCGUCUGCCCGCUGUGCAGCAAGCUGUUCCCCAGCGCCCACGUGCUGCAGCUGCACCUCGGUGCCCACUUCCGCGAGCGGGACGGCGCCCGGGCGCGCCUGUCGCCCGACGGCCCAGUGCCCACCUGCCCGCUGUGCGGGAAGACCUUCUCCUGCACGUACACGCUCAAGAGGCACGAGCGCACGCACUCGGGCGAGAAGCCCUACACGUGCGCGCAGUGCGGUAAGAGCUUCCAGUACUCGCACAACCUGAGCCGCCACGCCGUGGUGCACACGCGCGAGAAGCCGCACGCCUGCCGCUGGUGCGAGCGCCGCUUCACGCAGUCCGGGGACCUCUACCGCCACGUCCGAAAAUUCCACUGUGGCCUGGUCAAGUCCCUGCUGGUGUGACCCGUCCCUGUGCGGCGUGGGAGGACGGGGAGGGACCUCCCAGGUGGGCCGCUGGGACGCAGCAGGAGGGAUGGGAGCUGGUGGGGGGUGGGGGGCAGCCUGGUGCCGCAGCUCCCAGCAGAAAGGCCACUGCUGCCCCUGGACCACAGGCUCAGGCUCCGGGUGACUUGGCCUGGCUUGGGCCGCCCUCUUCCACGCUUUGCUCCCCCCCUCCCAACUGAUUCCUGCCCCCAGCUGUGCCCUGACUUUGAACUCUGUCUUCCUCUCCAUCCCCUGUGUCAGCUCCAGGGGGUGUCCCAAGGGCCCUGUCCCAAGGGCUCCCGCCCAGCCUCCUUGGCCCGAGGACGUUCUGCAGUCCUCUCAGCGGGGGCUUUCCUGACCCUCACUGACUCACGCGGGCAUACCCUGGUGAGCCUGGCCCCAGGCUUGGUAGAGAAUGAACACACCACAGAAGUUGUCAGCGUGUCCUGAAAACGGCACUUGGAUGGAACAGGACCCUCCUGGUGGGGGGCCUCAGGAGCCUCCGCGGGAGGCCCUGGGCCCAGGGCGUGCAGGCGGGGGACUCGGGGCACAGCUGGUGUGGCCGGGCUGCAGAAGCAGAACCAGCCAGACGCUGAGGGGCUCUUGAGUUCCAGGUGCUGGGGUGGGAGGUGGGUCCUCCAGAGCUUCUGAUCCUGACCACACUGUAACUCGGUCGGAGAGAGGGAGUCACAAUUUGGAUAGGAUUCUCUUUAGAUGCAGAGAGCCUCCCCGAGGUUGCCGGCUAUCUGCCCGCGGGCGAGGGCCGUGCUGCUUCCCUGCCUGGUCCCGGGGUCCAGGGCGCCUCUGAGCAUCCCCUGGGUGGGGCCCGGAGGGGCUGCUACCGGGCUGCUGUGGGGCUCACCCUGAGGUCACCGGUUUGCCUGCUUAGGGUCUCCCCGGAGUGCCGGUCGUUUACGGAGCACUGAGCUGGGGGCCAGAAGCUGCUCUCUCUACUAGGGGCGAUGUUUGCAGGCUUUCCCUUCCCUCCAGUGGGGCCUGGGUGGAAGCUGCCAUCGAACAGGGAGGGGACAAGCACCUGCUGGGCUGGGGGCACAGCCCCCCACUGUCACCCACAGCUCCUGGACCCCAAAAGACCUCUGCAUUUGCAGUUGGUGGGGGUCACCCAGCAAAUCUUGCUGCCAGAAUCUCCGUGAUGAUGGCAAGGGGCGAGGGCAGGCGGGGGCUUGCCCCUGCUUCUGGGGGUCCUGCACGUGGCAGAGCCCCCUGGACUCCUGGUGUCCACUGACUGGAGGCACUGAGGACAGAGUCCAGCCAAGCUUAAGUUAUUUUCUCGUCUCCUGGCAACACUUGAUGUCGUAUUUAUUUGUCUGCCCGGUCUGGAGUGAAACGACCGGUGGCCUUCACAGCAGGCGGGCAGAAGGGGCCGUCUCCCUGCACACCCUCGGCUCUCCGGCUGUGCGGGCAGCCCACCGUGCGGUGCAGGGCCUCUCCCGGUGCUUGGGACUCCGAGGCCCUGGCCUGGAUGCAGACCACAGAGCACACCGGGCAAGGGGCCCCCUGCUUGUGAUCAUCCUGGCUCUGGGCCCCGCACCUCUGGAAGGGUUACCUCACGCUCCGUGUCACCUCCUCCAUGAUCAGGUUUCCGAGUGUGUGUGUGUGUGUGUGUGUAUGUGUGCACACGCGCAUGUGCGUGUGUCUAGUAAAUGGCGAGGCCGAGCCAUGCCCACAGCGCCGGCAGGCGGCAGGCAAAGGCGGCGGCGGCCCUGGUUUUCCCCAGGGGUUCCAUGGGGGAAGGAACUUACUUUCCUGUCCUGACUUAUCGACACUGGAUUCAUUGUCUUCUGCAAACAGUUACUGUGAAGUUAAUGUAAAGACAAGUGGUUAGUUUUCAAUGUGAUAACCAACACAGUUCAGACGAAAUCUCUAUAUGUUCAACACACAGUUGUGUGGGAAUGUGUAGUAAAGGUGCGUGUGGAUGCCGUCCGAGGGGAGCCUGCUGUGUCGGGUCCUCCUGGGCCCGUCCCGCCGCCUCCCCGCGGCCUCAUCUGCUCUGCCCCGGGGGUGGGCCGCGCCCAGUGACCCAGAGGACGGUGGUUUGUGCUUAGCGUCUGGCGGGAGGUUUUGUUUGCCAUGACAGUCGGAAGCCAGAGCUGUCCUCCUGUGUGCCCAUCAUCGUCUUCAUGCUCACAGUGCUAAUAAAGUCCGCCCCAGGUGGAGAUGGCCGGGGUUAUUCCUGGGGA